GUAGCAAACCGUCUUUCAUCGCUGAAUUGCCUUGAUAGACGAUUUUGAUCACCGUGUGUUUUUCUUUUUUGUAUAUAUAUAUUUUUUUUACUACACUCCCAAAGGGAGUCUUUUAAGGAAUAUCUAUAUUGGCUAAGAACAUCCUUAAAUCUGUCGGCGCUUGGAGGAGAUUCGAGUUUUUUCCAGCCGGGUGUGGGGGAUAAUAUGUCCAGGCGAAAACAGACCAACCCCUUCAAAGUUAAUUGGCCGUUCCCCACCCUGGGACUGACUGGUCCUCAGAACACACUGGAGAUGGAGGGCAGGGAGGACUUUGCUGAAGACAGUGAAUGCCAAAGCAACAACUCCCAGGAGCAAGAGGAGCAGGACAGCGUGACGGAGGACAGUGACAGCGACCUGGACAACCCCGGUGAAGACUCCUCGUCCAACACCUCAGCUGACGACAUGACGGCCAUCAACAGCACCCAGUGCUCCCUGCAGGAGGGCGAGGUGAAGGAGGAGAGCGAGGAGGGGGCCGACCUGGGGAACAGCUACCUGUGUCCUCUCUGCACUCUGGAGUUCAGCAGCCCCGAGCAGCUCAUAGCUCACGUCUACCAGCACACAGCGAUGGUGGGCAGCAGUAAGAGCUACGUGUGCCCGGUCUGCGGUCGCGCUCUGAGCUCUCCCGGCUCCCUCGGGCGGCACCUCCUCAUCCACUCCGAGGACCGGCUGUCCAACUGUGCCGUGUGCGGGGCGCGUUUCACCAGCACCAACAAUUUCAACAGGGAGAAGCUGAAAGAGUUCUUGAACACGGGUCACUCGGAGAACAGCAGCAGUGAUGAGGCCUGCCCCCUUCCACAGGCCUUCCCUGGGGCCCCCAUGCCUACCGCCAGCCCCGGCCCCACCCUCCCGUCCCUGUCGGACAGCCUGCUGUCCUCCACUCCGCCCCUGUCCUCCCUCCCCGACAGCCUCAGCCCCUCCAGCACGGGCCUGCCCCCUCUCCCGGACAUCCUGAGCCCUAUGCCGGUGUACCCGGCCGGGGUGCUGCUGGUGUGCAACAGCUGUGUGGCCUACCAGCAGCUGGUGGCGGCCCAGUCGCCCUCCAUGCGGAAGUGGGCGGAGCGGAGGAAGAGCGAGCCGCUGGAGACCCGACUGCAGAGGCUGGAGCGCGAGCGCAUCGCCAAGAAGACCAAGCGGGCGUGCGAGUCGGCGGAGGAGCGCGAGCUACGUCGCCUGCGGGACCGGGAGGCCAAGCGGCUGCAGCGCAUGCAGGAGACGGAGGAGCAGCGGGCGCGGCGGCUGCAGCGGGACCGCGAGGCCAUGCGGCUGAAACGCGCCAACGAGACGCCAGAGAAGAGGCAGGCGCGGCUUGUCCGGGAGCGGGAGGCCAAGCGGCUCAAGCGCCGGCUGGAGAAGAUCGACCCCUCCCUGCGGACGCAGAUCGAGCACGACCCCUCUGCCAUGGCCGCCCUCACCGCCGACAUGAGCCUCUUCCAGUUCCCCUGCCCCGUGCCCUGCCCCUCGCUGGACAACGGCCUCUUCAUGAAGCUGCCCUAGCCACACCCACCCUCCCCCCAAAAUCCUACACCACGCCUUCUGCCUCAGCGGCCCUGGUGAAUGAAGCAGGCCGCAGGAGUCUUCAGACUGGACCCAUGGAGUCUCCGGUGUACACCUCGUCCCUUACUGUUUGCGUUCACUCUGAGAGAGAACCAUCCCAUUCCAGCAGGUUUGCUCUUGCUGCUUCUUUGACAUGUACAGCCAAGCCAUUCGCGGCAUGCAAAAACACAAGCCGUGUCAACCACUGAAAAAAAAAAAAAAAAAA